AUGGAAUUAACAGCCAAGGAGAAGGCAACGGAACUCGAAGCUUGUAUCAGAGAAACGCAAAGAAAGGUGGAGGCACUCGUCAACAGCGAUGCUGGAGAUAUUAACUCCACUGAAAUCCUCCAACGCAUUGAAGCAAACCAAGCGGAGGUUCACCAGUUGAAGGUUUCUGGUGAAAUCCCCGAGGCUAUCUUGGCUCAGCAAGAGCGGAUCCUCUCACGCGCCGCCGAGUUGCUGGCUUCCCAUUGCCAGCGGAAGUCGCUGUCUCGCCCUUUUUCUUUCAAACGUUCUGCAACGGCAGCAUCAGCAGAAACAGCAGGAACAACAGCAGUCUGUCGAGACUCUCAUGACGCAGCAACUGGAUUUGCUGCAGGGGCAGAUGGGACAGCAAAGGAAGCAAAACUAACACAAACAACUAAAGAGACAGAUGCCCCAACAAACGUCCUUCACAUCUCUGACAUUUCCAACAGAGUGGUUUUAGUGCCCCCUGGAGUAGCGGGUGGAAGAGAAGUCUGGAUGAAGAAUUUGGACGGCUGCACUGUUUACAUUUUAGAUGGAGUUCCUGGUGGGAGGUUGCAGGAUCUCUGCAACUGCGCUGUCUUGUGA